AUGGGAGCAACCUCUUUCCACCACUCCAUUCUCGAGGUCCGGCUACCGAAACACUUUGACAAGCCAACAGAUAUGAGAUACGACGAAACCCAGGACCCCCAGGAACAUCUAAUGGCUUUUGAGGCCAGGAUGAACCUGGAAGGUGUGGGUGAUGAGGUGAGACGUCGCGCUUUCCCCGUGACCCUGGCGAGACCCGCAAUCCGGUGGUUCAACGCGCUCCCCCAGGGGUCCAUAAGGACCUUCAUGGACAUAACUCGAGGCUUUCUGGCACACUUUACCACGUGUAUCACCAAGGCCAAGCACCUGAUCAACCUCCUAGGGGUGACGCAGAAAACCGGUGAACCAAUCAGAAAGUACCUAUAUAGGUUCAAUGAUGAAUGCUUGGAGAUUGAUGGCCUGAUCGAUCUGGUGUCCAGCCUUUGCUUGACAAACAGGCUGCUGAAUGAUGAUUUCAGAAAACACCUUACCACCAAACCGGUGUAG